AUGUCUGGCUCCGAGGGCGCACAUGCAAACACGAGCACCGGUGGCUUCGACUUGUUGAAGCGGGCGACCCAGGCAAUGAUGAUGUCAGGCCCAACCCCCAAGGCUGCCGCUCCGGCUGACGAUGAUGGAGCGGAUCAAAUCGGCUUUGACACGCCCCGCUCCGGUGUGGCGACUCCUCAGCCCGACCUCCAUGACAAACGCCUGCCGGGCAUCAUGAGCUACUUCGGCCAGAGCGGACCACCAACCCCCACUCGAGCCCUUUCAGCUGCUCAGCCUUCUGAGGAGCGGUCGGGCUCUAAAAGAAGCAGUAAUGAGACGGUUCCUCCUAGUGGUACACAAACGCCCAGAGGCUCAACCGGUGCUCAAGUGCCUGCAGCGAAGGGAAAGCUCACGAUCAAGAUUAUUGAGGCGAAGGGCUUGAGGCGUGCCAGAGACCCCUACGUGGUCGCUGUCUUCCAGAGAAGCGAGCUCAUCUCAGGAGGUCCGCGUUCUGUUGAGGAGGAAGAGGAGCAUGUGAACCUGCCGCCGCCGUCCAUGGGAGGUAUUCCGAUCCAGAGGCAAGGAAGCGACUCUGGACGGCCGGCGAUGUCCAUCCCCAUGCGUAGCCGACAAAGCAGCAACACCAGCAUUUCCGAUUACAACACGUUCCGCAACAAGUCUAAGCUUUUCUUCACUAGCCCCAAGUGGGACGCCGAAGCAGAGUUUGACGUUGUCGACUCCAACAUGCUGGUGGAUAUUUCGGUCUAUGAUCACAGCGCGAAUGGAGAGGAAUUCCUUGGCCAUGUCGACUUCCAGGCGAACAGGGACUCUAAUAACCCGGUUCGUGGGUGGUACGCGCUCAAGGGACACGCCGACACGAUGGCCGAGAACGCUCCGACGGGUGACAUCCAUGUCGAAGCCAUCUACCACCGCACGGAGAGGAAGCAUUUCGGACCUGAGGACUUUCAGAUUCUCAAGCUCAUCGGAAAGGGAACGUUUGGGCAGGUCUACCAAGUCCGCAAGAAGGAUACCGAACGGAUCUACGCCAUGAAGGUCCUGUCCAAGAAGGUUAUCGUCCAGAAGAAAGAAGUGGCCCAUACCGUCGGCGAACGUAACAUUUUGGUCCGGACGGCCAUGUCAGACUCACCCUUCAUCGUGGGUCUGAAAUUCUCCUUCCAAACACCAUCGGAUCUCUACCUGGUGACCGACUACAUGUCCGGAGGAGAGUUGUUCUGGCACUUGCAAAAGGAGGGCAGGUUCGAUGAGCGAAGAGCCAAGUUCUAUAUCGCAGAACUUAUCUUGGCCAUCCAGCACUUGCACAACAACGACAUCGUCUACCGAGACUUGAAGCCGGAGAACAUUCUCUUGGACGCCAACGGCCACAUUGCCCUCUGUGAUUUCGGUCUAUCCAAGGCGAACCUGACCAAGAACGACACCACCAACACGUUUUGCGGCACGACGGAGUACCUCGCCCCUGAAGUGCUGCUCGACGAGUCAGGAUACACCAAGAUGGUCGACUUUUGGUCUCUGGGUGUUCUUGUUUUCGAGAUGUGCUGUGGAUGGAGCCCCUUCUACGCGGAGGACACCCAGCAGAUGUAUAAGAACAUCGCAUUCGGCAAGGUCCGCUUCCCUAGGGACACUCUGUCGCAGGAGGGUCGCAACUUCGUCAAGGGGCUGCUCAACAGAAACCCCAAGCACCGCCUGGGUGCCACAGAUGAUGCUGAAGAGUUGAAGCGUCACCCAUUCUUUGGCGACAUUGACUGGGAGCUCCUGGCUAAGAAGCUCAUCACCCCGCCGUUCAAGCCGAAAUUGACCUCUGCUACCGACGUGUCCUACUUCGACCCUGAGUUCACUAAUGCACUGGACAACAACGGCUCUUUGAAUGAGCGGGCAGCAGCCCUUUCAAGGGGCUUUGCCACAUCCACGCCCCUUUCGCCAUCUGUGCAGGCCAACUUCCAGGGCUUCACCUUUGUUGACGAGAGCGCCCUUGACGAUCAUAUGCGAGAUAAGGACCGAUACGAUGACGAAGAGAUGCGCGACUCGCACCACCAGGAUGACGACUGGGACGACCUGGAAGACAUGAACCAAAGAGGCAACCGGAUGAGUGGCAUUGUCCGGACAACCACCAACGACGAGCAAAUGGUUGGAGGUGGCCACUUUGACGUCUAA